AUGACAGUUCAGGUGGCCAUCCCCUUCUCAGCUGGUCCCGCAAGUGUCCAGAUAUACGUCCAGCCUCCACGAGUCGGCUUGAUGGAUGGGGUGCAGAAAGUCCACAGUCAAAGCUCAACGUACUCAUCUCUGACUCCGGGAACGGCAUACCGCUUUGCCGUGCGGACGGAAAAAGAGUUCUUCCCUGACUCCCCCUCUGUCAGCAUUAACAUCACAGCAGCUCCACAGACGCCCCAGGAUGUGACUCUGUCUCAGCGGGUGGUCACAUCUGUCUUUGUUGCCUGGAGACCACCACCUGGACUCGUUGAAGGCUACAAGGUGUGCUAUGGAAUGCACAUUGUCAAGCCAACACUAUGGGAGUCGAUCUAUGUUCAAAUCCCAAGUCACGAGAUCAGCCACUUGAUCCCAGGGACAGAGUAUGGACUCAGCAUUCAAAGCGUUCUGGGCUCUGACCUGAGCUCAGCUGUCCACAGACUCUUCAGUACACGCCCAGCCGGAGUGUGCGGUCUGCGUUUGGACCGUAUAAACGCCUCUUCUGUCACCAUCAUUUGGGACAAUGCCUCUGGGAACUUUGACUUCUACAGAGUGACAGUGGUCAAUGCCUCUGUCACAAGCACUUUCCGCAUACCAAAAGAGGAGCGUGUUGCCAUGGUUGCAGGAUUAAUGUUCAGUGUCUGCAUAAGUGACUCUGGAACCUCAAACUGCUUUCUGUACCUGCCCUGGACAAACAGUAGCCCAUGUGGGGAGGCUGACAGUGGACUCUUCUCCCCUGUGGAGGCCUCUGCUUAUAACUGCCCUCCAGACUAA